AUGGGAAAGAAGAAGAGAACUCAAGUAUUCGUCUUAAAACCGUGGUGCUGGUAUUGCGAGAGAGAAUUCGAGGAUGAUAAAGGUGAGUUCGCAAGCGAUUGGCAAAGCUCACCACUUGUAGUCCUACUGCAGCAUCAGAAAUCGAAACACUUCAAAUGUCAGCUUUGCCCAAGAAAACUGAAUACUGCCGGUGGUUUGAUGGUUCACAGUCAGCAAGUGCACAAAUGCGAUCCUGAACCGAAAGAAGCGGAAGCUGGUACGGCUGCGUUGGCAGCAGCAGCAGCAGCAGCUCUUCGACCUAGGCAGUCAUACAAUGUCAUACCGGAAGCAGAUCUUCGAGCCGCUCUAGAACAGCAUAAGAAAUUAAUGGCAGCGAGAAACAAUCCAGCUCCUGUCGUACCAUUCCCGCCCUUUGGUGCCGCUCCACCACCGUUCCCUGCUGGUCCUUCUCCUGGUUUCCGACCCCCUUUCCCGCCUGCUGGUAUCCCUCCAUUCCCUCCUGCAUCCAACUCGCCAAUCCCUAUCGGCUCGCCUGCUCCUGGGAUCCUAGGAGUACCACCUACACCGCCCACAUUUGUUCCUCAAACAUCAACACCAGUGGCCGCCCAGCCUGUUGAGGUUCUGCCACCCAAAGACGGUGUUAUGUGGCCAGACGCAAGUGCUUCGCCCGCCGAAAAACGAGCUCAACAACCUCGAUACCGUUAUUCGUCUCCGACACCCGAAGGAGAAACGGAGGAAGGCAGUGGCGUUGGAAAGAAGAGGAAAGCAGCAGCAGAUUUCUUGUAG